AUGUCAAAAACCACUUUGGAACUUCCGUGGGUUGAGAAGUAUCGGCCACAUGUAUUAGAUGAUAUUGUUGGUAACGAAGAGACCGUUGAACGGCUAAAAGUUAUUGCUAAGGAUGGUAACCUUCCACAUAUGAUUAUUUCCGGUUUACCAGGUAUUGGUAAAACCACUUCAGUGCAUUGUCUUGCUUAUGAGCUACUAGGCGACGAAUAUUACCACCAAGCCACCUUAGAGCUCAAUGCAUCUGAUGAUAGAGGUAUUGAUGUUGUGAGAAACAAGAUUAAGCAAUUUGCUCAAACGAAGAUUUCGAUGCCACCGGGGAGGACCAAAAUUGUUAUAUUAGAUGAAGCGGAUUCAAUGACUCCGGGAGCACAACAAGCGUUGAGAAGAACGAUGGAGAUAUAUUCCAACACAACAAGGUUUGUUUUUGCGUGUAAUCAAUCGCUGAAGAUAAUUGAACCUUUGCAGUCGCGUUGUGCGAUACUUCGAUAUAGCAAAUUGUCUGAUGAAGAAGUAUUAUCUAGAUUGCUAGAGAUUAUAAAAUUAGAGGAUGUGAAAUACAACAAUGAAGGAUUACAGGCUAUAAUAUUCAGUGCCGAAGGUGAUAUGAGACAAGCAAUCAACAACUUGCAAAGUACAGUUGCAGGAUUUGGGUUUGUCAAUGACAUAAAUGUAUUCAAAAUUGUUGAUCAGCCGCACCCAUUAGUAAUCCAAAAGAUAUUGGAUCACUGUUUGAAACAGGAUAUCGAUAGUGCCUUAGAGCUAUUGGAUGGUCUCUGGCACAAGGGGUAUGCAGCAAUUGAUAUCGUAACGCUGAGUUUCAAAGUCGCCAAAUCGAUCCCGAAUGUUGACGAGCUGAAACGGUUGGAGAUGAUAAAGGAAAUCGGUUUUACACAUAUGAGAGUGCUAGAAGGGGUAGGCAGUUACUUACAAUUAUGCGGGAUGUAUGCUAAGAUAUGUGAUUUAUAA